AAUUACGGUACGUCUACUGACUUGACCAACGUCACGACGCGGCAAAUAAAAGUGCGCUAAAGGAUAUGCGCGAAGGAAUCCUACUAGAAGCCUACAGUCCAACAAUAUUCUGUGCUGUGCAAAGCUACCGUGACAUUGAGACUUGUAUCGACACAAAAAGUUGCAAUCUGCAAGUGGAAGAUGUUUAAAAAGUUGUUUACUGUCGUAACAAUGUCCGAAGAGUACUUGGAAACUAAUCUGCAGAAGAUAUUCGGUCACAACGCAUUCAACAGCGAAAUGCGAAGGCGUGCUGCGGAAGCCGUUUCCGAAAGAAACAUUCGUGACGACGCUCAACAAUCUGAUGAUGAAAGACCCUUAUUGGCUACAAAUCUCAAAGUAAGACCAUUGACAGAGCUUCUUGAAAAAUCUCCUAUGGUGUUUGAGCAACCGAUUUCUGAGAAACCAGAGGAACCAGAGACCAGCUCUGAUUCUGUUCCAGUGAUAGAAAUAUCAUCAGAUUCGGAAGAAUCUGAUGAUGAAAAACAAUCAGCAAAUCCAAUGGUGAAAACGCGCUGCAUGACUGAGUCUCUUGAAACUCAGCCAAAACUGCAGCCAUUCAAAUACCAGUUCAAAACUGCCUCAGAGAUCGCCCAAAAUUUCAUAGCUGCAACUCCAAGUGAGUCAAGUCACAAAGAUGGUCCGAAUGAGCAAACACUUGAUGAAACAUCCGCUACUACGUCAGAGGGAAAAAAAACAGAUAGUGGCGAACAAACGUUUUUUGCUAAUGAACAGUGUGAAAUUGAUGACGAAGCUACUACUAUUCAUGCAAGUGAAACAUGCAGUUUAAGUGACUAUGGAGAAACAUGCAGUUCAAGUGACAAUGGAAAAACAUUCGGUUAUACCGUCUAUGGAGAAUCAUGCAGUUCAACUGACGGCCAAGAUGAUUUAAGUUCAACCGCCUCUAAUAUUGAGAAUGAUGAAGGAUAUUGUAAAAGGGAAAGCCUUAUAAAGGAAUUGGUAAAAGAAUUGCAACCGGUGCCUGAUUCAAGUUCACGUGUCAAUGGAGAUUCUUCAUUUAAAAAUGGCAGAUACGCAAGGACGUCAGCCAAACGACGACAAAGAGCUAAGAGAUUGUCUUCUAGAUCGUCUGAGGCUCGCCAGUCUACUCCGCUACAUUGUGUAGGAGAAAAGCAGAAAUCAAAAGCAGAGAUUGCAGCAAAAUUGCUGAUCAGAACAGAAUUGAGGCCUUUUUGCUAUCGCGAAUUUGAUAGAGAGACCUACUUAAAAGUUAGCCAGUGGAUCCGUCACGAUAUCAGAAAAUAUGAUUGUUACAGUAGAAGACAGAUAGCUCGAAUUGUUGCAGCAUACCUGGACGAUAUGAUUCCACAUUAGCAUCAUCUGUGAACAUCUUCGAACUUGAUACUUGCUACAUUGGUUUCCAAAUUGUGACUACCCGCAAUUUUCAUACGAGCUAGUACAACUCACUGCAAUAUUCCAUAUCAUGUUUCUUUUUACCUUGUACGUUUGACUGAAAUUCAUCCAUCACUCUAUGUUUUGAUCAAGUCUCAUUUGUUCUUACCGAAUAACUUUAUUUCUUCCAGUAUUCAGUAAUAUAGAUAAUAAGGACCAGUUGAAGAUUUUAAUUUUUCUAGUUUUUGAUAUUCAGUUUUGGAAAAAAGAUUCAUUCCAAUAUUUCUUAGUACCUUCUUUUUCGAUUCAGUUUAUUUUUUCUAGUGUUUCAUGAUAAAGAUUAUAAGCCAAAGAUGAAGAUUUUUAUUUUUUUGUUUGUCAGUAUUCAUUUUUUUUAAUUACUUUAUCGUUUCAGUGUUCAGUGAUACAGAUUUUAAGGACGAGUUGAAGAUUUUUUAUUUUUUUUAUUUUUCACUCAUUGUUGCUACUCACUCAUCUUCCUCUCAUCUCAAUGAUGCCAGCGACAGAACUUUGUUAGUUGAUGUGCAUUUUUUGCAGUAUGUGAUAUGUAUAAUAACACUGAAAUGUAAAUUAAUAUAAAAUAGCCACCUAGUCAUAGAAAACAUAUGUCUAAACUAUGUUAUUGUCAUAAAGCGUACGUGUGCGAAAUUUAUCGAUGCUAUAAAGUAUUUUAU